CUUUUGCUUAUAUUUCAUAACGUUUCAGUUAAUGGUGAGCGCUUCAGGCGUUUGAUUUCGACUACAUCGAAUGCUGUUUUUAUUCGCUAAACAAUUACGGUACUUAAAAUUUAGUGCAUGCAAACCCAAUUCCCGCUGUUUAUCAAAAUCAGCACGUUUCAAGAGAACAAUCACGACGAACAUGGAUUCUAAUUUUAUAUUCAGACAGUUUUUUGAAAAAGAGUCAUCGACAUUCACUUAUCUUCUGGCAGAUAAACCUUCAAAAGAAGCUGUUUUGAUUGAUCCGGUGCUGGAAACUGUUGCUCGUGAUCUUGGUCAAAUAAAGGAUCUUGGUCUCAUUUUGAAAUAUGCUAUCAACACGCACAUGCAUGCAGACCACAUAACAGGAACUGGCAAGUUGAAAGAAGUUACAAGCACAGAUGCGGAUAAACCUUGUGUUUCCGUCAUCAGCAAAGUUUCUGGGGCUAAAGCGGAUGAGUAUGUAUCAGAGGGAUCUAAGAUCCAGUUCGGACCAUACUUUCUGGAAGUAAGAGAAACUCCUGGCCAUACAAAUGGUUGCGUGACUUAUGUGGACCACCAGCACCGAAUGGUUUUCACAGGAGACGCUCUCCUGAUCAGGGGUUGUGGCAGAACUGAUUUCCAGGAGGGUGAUCCAGGCGUUCUUUUUGACAUGGUCCACUCCAAAAUCCUCUCCCUGGACUCAGACUAUUUGAUCUACCCUGCUCAUGACUACACAGGGAGAAGUGUCUCAAGUGUGGACGAGGAAAAGAGGCUGAAUCCGCGGAUGACUAAGACCAAAGAAGAGUUUGUUCAGUUCAUGAAUGAGAUGAAACUGGACUACCCCAAGAAGAUAGACUUGGCUCUUCCCUGGAACAAGGUUUGUGGAAUUCAGGAGCUGGUCAAUCUGUGAAUGGGAAUUGCUAUAAACAACCUCACGUGACAACAUUAAAAUUGUGCUUAUAAUCCGGACAUAUCUAUACUGACUGACUCAGCCACAUUGAAACAAUUGCUGACCUGAACCGAAUUAAAAUAAUGAGUUAGUUUUUGUAAAUAGACUUGAAAGUUAUUUGUAUUAUUGCCUUACUUUUCUACUAAAUCGAGUUUCUUUGUAA